AUGGCGGAUGAGCCCAUGCUCAGUUUGUUUGACACGGAUUCCACCAGUUUUCUGGACGAGCUAGCCGACGUGGGUGACCCACUGGGAAGUCUGCCAGUCAGUAUGUCUGGCUCCAAUCCAGGGAUGAUGCAAGGAGGGAUGGGCAGUAUGUCGGGGAUGUACCCUCCGCAGAUAAGUAAUGGUCAGUAUGGCCAGUCCACUCCUCCCCAGCAGCAGCCUCAGCAGACUAUGAACCCCUUUGACAGUGGCUACAGCCAGUACGACAGCAUGCGCAUGCGCCAAAUGAGCGGGGGGAACCCAGGCAUGCCUCAGGUACCUGGUCAGACCCCAGGUGUGCCUGGCCAGACCCCAGCAGGCAUGAUGUCCCCAAAUGCUCAACAACAGUAUGGCAGUCCACCCCCUGGGAGCCCCAGGGUGCAGCGUGGGCCAGGCCAGUAUCCUGGGUACCCUAGCAUGGCCAACGGACCCCGCAUGCCGCAUCCCCAGGCCCAGCAACACAUGAGUCCGGCGGGGAUGGGGAUGUGGAAUCAGGGACAGCAGGGUGCAGGGGAGGGUCGACCCCCCUACAUGACCUCUCAGCAGUCACAGCAGCAGCAAGCUUCGUAUACACAGAUGCCUUCUUAUCUCUCUCAGCAGCAGCAGCAACAUGAUUAUGCCAUGGCGACGGCCAAUCAACCAACACCACAACAACAGCAGAGAUUGUCUCACUUUCCCGAGCAAGCUAGUCCAAACAAUCAGGGGAAUUCAGGGUACAUGCAACCAAUGAGUAGUUCAGGUCUCGGUUCUCCGCCCGCGGGAUCUCGCCUCAGUCACAUGGGACCCAUGGGCGGGCAGGGGAGCAUGCCUCCUGGCAUGAACCACAUGCCAGGGAACGAUGAACAGUCUCAGUAUGCAAGGUGCAAUGGGAAGGAUGUAUUCAGGGGGAAAUCAGAUGAGGCCCCCUGGUUACCCUGGUAA